AUGUCACAAGUCCACGCCUUGUCCGACGACCAAGUCGGACAGGAGCUCCGCAAGAUGACGGCGUUCAUCAAGCAGGAAGCCUCCGAGAAGGCGCGCGAGAUCCAGAUCAAGGCGGAGGAGGAGUUCGCCAUCGAGAAGUCGAAGCUGGUGCGCCAGGAGACGGACGCGAUCGACUCGUCGUACGAGAAGAAGUUCAAGCAGGCCACCAUGUCGCAGCAGAUCACGCGGUCCACCGUCGCCAACAAGACCCGGCUCAAGGUGCUGGCCGCGCGGCAGGAGCUGCUCGACGACAUCUUCGAGCAGGCCACCAAGAAGCUCGCCGACACCGCAAAGGACAAGAAGAAGUACGCCGCCGUCCUCAAGGGUCUCGUCCUCGAGGGCUUCUACGCCAUGAACGAGCCCGAGCUGCAGAUCCGCGCGCGCAAGGCCGACUACGACCUCGUCAAGAAGGCCAUCGAGGAGGCCGCCAAGGAGUACAAGAAGGAGCUGGGCAAGGAUGUGUCGGCAACAAUCGAUGAGAGCAAUCCCGUAGCUGAGGGAAGUGCUGGUGGUGUGUUGAUUGUGGGCGGAGCUGGUAAGAUCGAGAUUGACAACACGGUUGAGGCCCGACUGGAGAUUCUCAAGGAGAGCGCUCUACCGGCGAUGCGAGAGGCACUGUUCGGCAAAAACCCCAACCGCAAGUUCUUUGACUGA